AUGUCGCCGGAGCUUGUGGUGGAUAUGGUUUUGGACUAUGGUGCAGAUGUGUGGUCUUUUGGCUGUACGGUGCUUGAGAUGUUGACUGGAGAACCGGUUUGGGGAGAGUAUGGUGAUGAUAUUGAUUGGGAAGAUUGGAUUAGUCUUGUUAGUGAGAGCGGCUCUGUUCCUUACGUUCCUGGUUCGUUGUCCCAAGGAGCUAAGGAUUUUCUCUCAAAGUGUUUGGUGAGAGAUCCUGCCCAAAGGUGGACUGUUGAGGAGUUGCUCAAGCAUCCGUUUCUUGUUCAUUGGACUAGCGGAAUCUCUGGGGACGAGGAGGAAGAAGGAAUAUAUGAAGAUGUAGUAGAAGAAGAAGUUAAAGAAGUAGAGGUAGAAGAAGAAGAAGAACGAAGAAGAAGAAUAAGAAGAAGAAGAGAAGAAGAAGAAGAAGAAAUAGGAGUUGCAGAUGAAGAAGAAGCACAUGAACCAUAUCUAAAUCAUCAAGAAGAAGAAGAAGAAGAAGAAGAAGAGGAAGAGGAAGAAGAAUAUGAAGAUGCAGAAGCAGCAGAAGAAGCAGCAAAUUUAGCAUAUUUGGAAUAUGGAGAUCCAGAAGUAGAAGAAUAUUUAGCGAAUUUACAGUAUGGAGGUGCAUUUGAGGAACAGGAACAGGCAACUGAAAUUGAUGAAGAGUACCCUAAAGAGGAGGAUUCGGAUGAAGAUAUGUAA